UGUGGGACAAAUCCUACUCACCACCAAAAUUCCAGCUCUCUCUCUCUCUCUCUCGGCCUCCAUCUUCAUCUCCCCCAACUCACAACAAACAAAAACUCCUCCUUUUCAACACGCAGAAAAGAGGAAGCAAACAUAUGUCAGCAUACAUUAUAAAAAAAUUCCUUUAAUUUUAGAAUAGAAUAUACCAUUAUUUGUCACAGCCAUCCAAACCUAAACUUCUGUUUUUUACUCAUUCCUAUCUCUUAACCCAAAACAAAAAGUUAUGCAGUUUCUUCCUAGCCUUGGAGAAGAAACCUGUUUCAGCUUUCCUUUAUUAUUUCUAUAUUUUCGCUGAGAUUUUGAUUAUUAUUGUUAUUAUUGGUGAAUUUUGGGGUUAGAUCUAAGUGGGUUUUUGGAAAUUUCAGAUUUUUGUUGUUGGGUUGUAAUUGGAUUGGUUGGAAAUUGCGAAAGCAUAAGCAUCUCAAUUUCAAUCUCAAUCUCUCUCUCUCUCCCCCCGUCUCUCUCCAAUACCGGUUGGUACCCAUUCGUCAGAUUCUAAAUUCUGUUUCAUUGAUUACUUCUGUGUACGGACUCCAAAUCGUGCCAGAUCUGAUGAUGUGAUCUUACAAUCCGCUUCUAGAAAUCUGCAGCUUCUCUUGCUUUCACGAUAUAUAGAUUUAUAAACCCACAAAGAAAAUACAGUUCCUUUGUUGAAUUCUGAAGGAGAUAAGGCAAAUUUUUUGCGAUAUUAUAGAAUGGAUAUAGAUGAUUUUCGAUCCAUUCUGGAGAGUUCUGGGGUUGAUGUUUGGACAUUUAUCGACACGGCCAUUGUUGUGGCUUCUUUGGAUUUCGGGACAGAAUUGAAGGAGCGGAGAGAUAAGAUUGUGGAAAUGCUAUACUCAACUUGCUCGUCUGGUCGGUGUAGGAAUUGCGAUUUUGAUGUUGGCAGGAUUAGCAAUGAGCAUGAAAUGAAAGAAAAUAGUAUUGCGGUGAAAGUUGGAGGAGGAGGUGGAAGCGGGUCUCCUUCAACAACGCCAAGGUCGAUUCAUGGAGAUGAAGAAGAUGAUGAUGAAUUGGAUCCAUAUGCAGGAUUGUUCGACGAUGAACAGAAGAAGAUUUUAGAGAUCAAACAACACCUUGAAGAUCCUGACCAGUCUGAAGAUUCUCUGGUUGAUUUGCUUCAAAGUUUAGCAGAUAUGGAUAUAACCUUCAAGGCCCUCAAGGAGACUGAUAUUGGAAGACAUGUCAAUCGUCUGCGAAAGAAUUCAUCCAAUGAUGUUCGAAGAUUAGUUAAGCAACUUGUCAGGAAAUGGAAAGAAAUUGUAGAUGAUUGGGUGAGAUUAAAUCCACAAGGAGAGCAUGCAUCCUCUGCUCUAAUGGCUGAUGGGGACUCCCCACAGCAGAAAAUUCCCCAGAAUUAUCAUCACCAGGUUCCUGAUUUUGCAUACUCUCCAAAUCCUCAAAAUGGAAGUUCUGGUUCAGACAAGAAUAAUUCAGAACCAGAACGAAAGCCAAAAUCAGUGCCUCGAAAGGAAGCUCCGCCUAGACCCACCCAACAAUCUCUUCCUGCAUCUGCAUCUGCAUCUGCUUCUCACAAUGUACAGAGGCAGAAAGAGCAGCAACAAAGAGAGAGAGAUUUUGAUUCUGAUAGGCUGGCUUCCGCAAGGAAGAGGCUUCAAGAGAAUUACAAAGAAGCCUUAAAUGCCAAGAAGCAAAGAACAAUUCAAGUGAUGGACAUACAUGAGAUUCCAAAACCUAAGAAUGCCUACUUUGCAAAGAACAAAGGUGGCGGUUCUCAAGGGAGGCACUGGUGAUUUUGGCUGAGAGAUAUUCAUUAACAAUGGUCUUUCUUGGGGGAAACAUGAAAAAUCUGACUCCACAUUUAUCUUUUUUUAAUUCUGUUUUCUUUAAAUUGAAAGAAAACACAUUUUUCUUUAAUUUUCCUUGUGAUAAAAAAGGAAAAACUUAACAAGCUCCUUGGAAAAUAGAGGUUUGAGGUUCUCAUAUGCAGGGGUCUGCUUGAGAGUAUGAUUGCUCGUAUAAAUAUUAACUUUUUAGACAUUGAUCAAA